AUGAACUCUGAACUUGAAGCCAACUAUCAUGUCCAAGUUUCCCUUGAUAGCUGGAAUUUCAUCUCUUGGGAAAUCGGUACCACACGAGCAGCACCAGCCGUCCCCCGCCCUUUGCACCCCGCAGCCAUGGAAGGCGCAGCACCCAACCACUACACUCAGAAACGGGGCUGUGAUGUGAUUCGGUGCCCCCGCCUCAACAAGGAUAUGGCUUUCACUUUGGAGGAGAGACAACAGUUAAACAUACAUGGGUUAUUGCCACCUUGUUUUCUGGAUCAAGACUGCCAGGUUCUUAGAGUUGUUAAGAAUUUUGAUCGCCUGAACUCGGACAUUGACAGAUACCUUCUUCUAAUGGAUCUUCAGGAUCAAAAUGAAAAGCUCUUCUACAGAGUGCUAACUUCGGACAUUGAGAAAUUCAUGCCUAUUGUUUAUACUCCCACGGUAGGCCUGGCUUGCCAGCUCUAUGGCCUCGUAUUUCAGAGGCCAAGAGGUCUCUUCAUCAGUAUCCAUGACAAAGGACACAUUGCUACGUUGCUUAAGUCUUGGCCUGAAGAUGUUGUCAAGGCUAUUGUGGUGACUGAUGGAGAACGGAUCCUGGGCUUGGGCGAUCUUGGCUGCAAUGGAAUGGGCAUUCCUGUGGGCAAACUGAUACUGUAUACGGCCUGUGGAGGAAUGAAUCCUGAAGAGUGUCUGCCCGUCACCCUUGAUGUGGGGACUGAGAAUGAAGAGCUGCUAAAAGAUCCUUUCUAUAUCGGACUGAGGCAGAAAAGAGUGAGAGGACGUGAUUACGACGAUUUUUUGGAAGAAUUCAUGGAGGCAGUUACCGGCAGGUACGGAAUGAACUGCCUAAUUCAGUUUGAGGAUUUUGCCAAUACAAAUGCAUUCCGUCUCUUGGAGAAGUACCAGAACAAAUACUGCACAUUCAAUGACGACAUUCAAGGAACAGCAUCGGUUACAGUCGCGGGUCUCCUUGCAGCUCUGCAUGUUACCCAGAACAGCCUGUCUGAUCACACAGUUCUGUUCCAAGGAGCUGGAGAGGCUGCUCUGGGGAUUGCAAAACUGAUGAUUAUGGCCCUGAAAAAAGAAGGGAUAAGCCAGGAGGAAGCCAUCAAAAAGAUAUGGAUGGUUGACUCAAAAGGAUUAAUAGUUAAAGGCCGGGCUUUUUUAACAUAUGAAAAAGAAAGAUUUGCCCACGAACAUUACGAAAUGAAGAACCUGGAAAAGAUUGUCCAAGAAAUAAAGCCGACUGUCCUAAUAGGAGUUUCUGCAGUCGGUGGUGCUUUCACAGAACAAAUUCUCAAGGACAUGGCUUCCUUCAAUGAGCGACCCAUCAUUUUUGCUCUAAGUAACCCAACGAGCAAGGCAGAGUGUACUGCAGAGCAGUGCUACCGGAUGACAGGGGGCUGUGGCAUUUUUGCAAGUGGCAGUCCAUUCAAUCCUGUCACUCUUCCAGAUGGUCGGACUUUUUAUCCCGGCCAGGGCAACAAUUCCUAUGUGUUUCCUGGAGUAGCACUUGGUGUUGUAGCAUGUGGAUUGAGGCACAUCCCUGAUAAAAUAUUUCUCUCUGCUGCUGAGGUGAUAGCUCAGGAAGUAUCAAAUAAACACUUGGAAGAAGGCCGUCUAUACCCUCCUUUGAAAACCAUUCAAGAUGUUUCCUUGAAAAUUGCAGUGAAGAUUGUGGAAGAAUCCUACCGUGAUAACUCGGCUACUGUCUAUCCUGAGCCCCAAGAUAAGGAAGCAUUUGUCCGUUCUAAGAUUUAUAGUACUAAUUAUGACCACAUUUUACCUGACUGUUACUCUUGGCCUAAGGAGGCUAUGAAAAUACAGAAGGCAAAUUAG